GCAGAGCAAAGUAAUGUUUGCGAAGAUGGCGCUCCGCGGUGUGUUCGCCUUGAUCUUUUAUCUCGCUAUUGCGAGCGCAGACGAGUCCACAAUGCAGUAUGACACCAUAGUGAUAGGGUUGGGGUCUGCUGGAGUGACGGCAGCGUCGACUCUCGCUAGAGCAGGGAAAAAAGUCCUGGGCUUGGAGGCUCAGGAUCGUAUCGGCGGUCGUGUCAACACGGUGCCUUUCGGUGAUGGCGUUGUCGAGCUCGGUGCGGAAUGGAUCCACGGUCAGUACCCCAGCAGGGUGUACGACACCGCAAUCCAGAACAAUAUCACCGUGCUCUCUCAGAACCUAGACGUGGACGUGUAUCGGUCUGACGGGACCAGAGGCGAUCACGAGCUGGUGAACGAACUGAUAACGUAUUGCUUGUCUUUGGUCGAUGACACCAACACUCAAGAGGAUUCUUUGGGCGCUUAUAUCACUCGGAAAUUAAAAGACCAUUUAAAAGAGACCCAUCCAGAGCUACUCGAAGACAAAGAUUUCCUCGAGGAGUUCUUGUCCCUCAUGGACCUUGUCGUGGGCAACUACGAGGGUUCAAGCAGCUGGAAUGACGUCAGUACAACAACAAACUACCAGGAGCUAGAAGGUGACCAACAUUUGAGUUGGCACCGAUACGGAUAUAAAACCUUCUUUGAACUGAUGCUGAACACAUAUAAAGGCGGACCUGGCUUAGCGAAUCUAGACAUUAAGCUAAACACAGAAGUGACUAAAAUCGUCUGGCCGCAGCAACCCUCUACCCCAGUGGAAGUGACCUGCAAGGAUGGUAAAGUGUAUAAAGCUAACAACGUGAUUGUCACCGUAUCUGUUGGCGUCUUGAAGGAAAGACACAUGACCCUGUUCACCCCACCACUGCCACGUGAGAAAGUAAACGCCAUCAACAGCAUGACAAUGGGUGUAAUGGAUAAAAUAAUUUUCUCGUUCGACAAGCCUUGGUGGCCGGUUUCGCACACCUUUUUCGCGUUCAUGUGGAAAGGGGAAGACAAGAGGAAAGUGGCCAAAGAGGAUUUCUGGACUACUAAGAUAUUCUCCGCUAGCACUCCCAUGGGGUCCGGUAACACGCUCACCUUGUGGACUAGUGGGGAGACGGGCAAAUGGGUAGAAACUAUACCAGAGGAAGUUGUGAAGAGGAAAUCAGUUGAACUCCUCCAGAAAUUCCUUGGAGCCAACGUGACCAUACCCGAGCCGACAGGAAUGCUUAGGACAACCUGGUACUCGAAUCCGUACACCAGAGGUAGCUACACUUUCGAUAGUGUGAGCUCAAUGAAGUACCCCAACUCUAGGGCGGAUUUGGGCAAACCCCUUCUAGACAGUGCUGGCACACCAAAAGUUCUUUUCGCGGGAGAGGCGACCGACUUGACUCACUUUUCGACUGUCCACGGCGCCAGUGCGAGUGGCUACAGAGAAGCAAUGAGGCUUUUACCCCAUAGCAAAAUUUAAACUAUAAACAUAUAUCAUAUUUUGCAUGUUUUUGGACGGAUUUUUCCCCAUGUAUAUGGCAACACUGAAUAUCGUCAAAUAUUUAUCAAGCAAUAGAUUAUGUAUGUCCUUAUAAUAAUGUGUAUAUCAGAUAUAUUUUCAUAUAAAUUAUUAAUAUUUUAUAGAUUUGUAUAAUAUAGAAAAUAAAUAAGUUAAAAAGGACAGUUAC